UUGGAGAAGCAAUAAAACUCGGUUCUACUUCAACGCCAACAGAUCGGUCCCUGCUGUCUGCAAUCUUUUAUCUCAGCUGAAUCGAUCGUUCAGGUAAACCCUAGAUUUGAAUCCUAAUUUGCUGGAGGAGAUUAUUGAAGGAUGGGAAAGAACGAUUUUCUAACCCCGAAGGCGAUGGCGAACCGGAUGAAGGCGAAGGGUCUUCAGAAGCUCCGAUGGUAUUGCCAGAUGUGCCAGAAACAGUGUCGUGACGAGAACGGCUUCAAGUGCCACUGUAUGAGCGAGUCUCACCAGCGUCAGAUGCAGGUGUUUGGCCAGAACCCCACUCGCGUCGUCGAAGGCUACUCCGAGGAGUUCGAGACGACCUUCCUCGAUCUCAUGCGGCGUAGCCACCGUUUCUCUCGUAUCGCCGCCACCGUGGUUUACAACGAGUACAUCAACGACAGGCACCAUGUUCACAUGAACUCGACGGAGUGGGCGACGUUGACGGAGUUUAUAAAGUACUUGGGGAAGACUGGGAAGUGCAAGGUCGAAGAGACUCCUAAAGGUUGGUUCAUUACUUAUAUCGAUAGAGACUCGGAGACUUUGUUUAAGGAGAGGUUGAAGAAUAAGAGGGUUAAGAGUGAUUUGGCUGAGGAGGAGAAGCAAGAGAGGGAGAUUCAGAGACAGAUCGAAAGAGCUUCUGAGAUGUUCAAUGCUGGUGAUGAGGUUGAAACUGAUGUUGAGAAGAAGAAAUAUGAAGACUUGAGUUUGAAGAGUGGAGUCAAGGUUGGGUUCUCUCUUGGUGGAGGGAUUAAACAGGCUGUUACUACGGGUGGUCAAGCGAGGGGGGAGAGCUCGAAACAUAUGUUUGAGGACGAAGACGACGAGAGAGGGGAGAAGAGGAAAAGGAGCGGAGGAGACUCGGAGAGGAGAUCGGCUUUGGAUGAGUUGAUGAGGGAGGAAGAGAAGAAGAAGGAGAGGAUGAAUCGUAAAGCUUACUGGUUGUUCCAAGGGAUCACUGUGAAGGUGAUGAGUAAAGCUCUCGCAGAGAAAGGUUAUUAUAAGCAAAAGGGUGUUGUGAGGGAAGUGAUUGACAACUAUGUCGGGGAGAUUGAAAUGCUUGAUUCUAAGCAUGUGCUACGAGUUGAUCAGGAGGAGCUUGAGACGGUGCUUCCACAGAUUGGAGGGUUGGUGAAGAUUGUGAAUGGGGCCUAUCGUGGUUCGAAUGCCAAGUUGUUGGGUGUGGAUACAGACAAGUUCUGUGCUAAAGUUCAGAUUGAGAAAGGUGUCUACGAAGGAAGAGUCAUUAAGUCUAUUGAGUAUGAAGACAUAUGUAAACUUGCAUAGAUCUUUAGACGAUAUCAUGUUUUUACUGUGCGUUGUACUUCUACGUUUGUUUUUUCUGCUAGUGAGUUUCAGACACUCGAUGUUAUAAUAAACACACACACCGUUUAAUUCUGGCUUUUGGUUUAUUUUCA